AUGGGCUAUGACAUAUCCCACUACGAGGACGUCUACCGGCCGUAUGGCACAAUCCAGGACAUGGAGACACUCAUAGCAGAGACACACGCACGCGGCAUGUACAUAAUGCUUGACCUAGUCAUUAAUCAUACCUUCGACCAGCACGCAUGGUUCAAGGAGUCUCGUUCUAGCAAAGACAACCCCAAGCGUGACUGGUACAUCUGGAGGCCGGCCAAGUAUUCGCCCACAGGUAAAAGAUUGCCGCCCAAAAAUUGGCGGUGCUGUUUUGGUGGCGGGAGCGCGUGGGAGUGGGACGAGCACACCGAAGAAUACUACCUGCAUGUGUGGGCAACCGAACAGCCUGACCUCAAUUGGGACACCCUCGAAACACGCAAGGCCAUCUACGCCUCUGCAAUGGAUAAGCCGCCGGAUAUGCCAGACGCACCCAUCACCGACCCCAAGGCUCCUUAUCAACCCGCCCUAUCGCUGUAUUGCAACGGCCCCAGAAUAUUCGAGUUUCUGGGGGAGAUGAAUGCAGUUCUUUCAAGGUACAGCGCCAUCACAGUUGGCGAGCUGCCCUACACUCAUGACACAAACCUUGUACUUGGAUAUUUGAGCGCUGGCGCCAAGAAGUUAGACAUGGUCUUUCAGUUCGACGCCAUCGAGGUAGGCUUCGGCGUAACACACAAGUACGAAACGACUACCAAGAACUUUACCUUGCCUGAUUUUAAGGCUGCCGUUGGUGCGACUCAGAAACUCAUCCGAGACACUGAUGCAUGGAUCACCGUUUUCCUUGAGAACCAUGACGAGCCCCGAUCCGUCACUCAGUUCACUGAUGACUGUCCAGAUUUUCGCGUCAGUAGCGCAAAGCUGCUGGCUCUCAUGGAGGCUUGCUCGAGUGGCACACAAUAUAUUUACCAGGGCCAGGAGAUUGGCCUCGUUAACGCUCCCAAGGAGAUUUACUCGAUCGAAAACUAUCUCGACAUUAGCAGCUGUCUAUUCAUCAAAAUGGUCAAAGAGCGCCAUGGUGCCGACAACAAGGAGGAGUUUGACAAGGCAUUCAAUGCUCUACAGCACCUUGCCAGGGACCAUACUAGACUACCCAUGCCGUGGAAUGCGAAAGCAAAGUAUGGCGGUUUCUCCGAAGCGGCUGAGAUGAAGGGCCAUGAGGUCAAAGAGCCAUGGAUGAAACCUCAUCAUUUGGUAGAUGAGACCAACAUCUCCUCCCAGCUCCAUGAUCCGGAGAGUGUGCUUGCUUUUUGGCGCAAGAUGAUCCGCUUUCGCCAGGAGCAUUCAGAUUUGCUUGUAUACGGUGACUACAGAGAUCUGCGUCUCCUGGCCAAGGACCUUUUUGUCUUUAUAAAACCAGGACCUGUGAAUUUCCUGUUCCGGCUAGUUUUGCCUUUUCUGGUAUAG